AAAUAUAUGAUUAAGUACAUAUAUAUAUAUACUCUUUUACUUUGGCAAUAGAUAUACUCGAAAGAGAUCAUUAAACAUGGGGAAAGAGUUGAGUAGUACCAAUGAUGAGCUUCACGUAGUAAUGUUUCCAUUCUUCGCAUUUGGGCAUAUCAGUCCAUUUGUUCAGCUCUCCAACAAGCUCUCCUCCUCUCAUGGAGUUCGAAUCUCUUUCUUCUCCAUUCCCGGCUACGUUUCCAGAAUCAAAUCCUUACUCAUUCCCUCUCCCACCACCCAAAUCAUUCCCCUCCAAAUCCCAUCCACCAACGGUAGUCUCACUGAUUCAACUGCUGGAACUUCAGAUCUCCCACCCUCCGAAGCCGGAAGCCUCAUCGAAGCUGUUGAUCUAAUGCAACCCCAGAUCAAGUCCCUUCUUUCAGAUCUCAAACCCCAUUUCAUCGUCUUUGAUUUCGCUCAGUACUGGCUUCCCUCUCUCGCUUCAGAAUUGGGCAUCAAGACUUUGUUUUUCUCUGUCUUCUCUGCUGUUUCCGGUGCUUACAACACCGUCCCGGCCAGACUUUCCGGCGUCGAAGGAGACCUCACCGUCAAUGACCUGAAGAAACCUCCAAUGGGUUUCCCUCAAACCUCUGAAAUUCGCCUGAAAACCUUCGAAGCCAGAGACUUCUUGUUCCUGUUUCGGAGCUUCGACGGAGGCCCAAGCGUUUUCGACAGAGUCAUCUCUGGCCUAACUGGUUGCUCCGCCAUCAUAAUGAAGACCUGCGAAGAAAUCGAAGGUCCAUAUCUAGCUUUCAUGAAAUCCCAGUUCAGAAAACCUGUCAUGCUGACUGGUCCCCUCGUCCCGGAGCCAACAUCCGGCGAGCUCGACGAAAAAUGGGCAACUUGGCUCAGUCGUUUCCAGCCAAAGACUGUCGUUUUUUGCUCAUUCGGGAGCGAAACGUUUCUCAACGAUGAUGAAAUCAGAGAGCUAACUCUCGGGUUGGAACUAACAAAAUUACCAUUUUUCUUGGUCCUGAACUUCCCGGCCAACGUCGACGCCGCAACCGAACUGGAACGAGCUCUGCCCGAAGGGUUCAAGGAAAGAGUGAAAGACAGAGGCGUAGUGUACUCUGGGUGGGUGCAGCAGCAGCAGAUCCUGGCCCAUGCAAGCGUUGGAUGCUACCUUUGUCACUCUGGGUUUAGCUCCAUUAUUGAGGCCUGGGUCAACGACUGUCAGUUGGCUUUGCUGCCAUUCAAAGGGGACCAGUUCAUGAACUCGAAGCUCAUUGGGUUGGACCUGAAAGCUGGUGUGGAGGUGAAAAGGAGAGACGAAGAUGGGCAUUUUGCGAAGGAGGAUAUCUAUGAAGCGCUGAAGAAGAUAAUGGUGGAGGUUGAGGAGGAACCUGGGAAGACAGUGAGAGUGAAUCAUCAAAAAUGGCGUAGUUUUUUGUUGGAGAAGAACAUUCAAGAUAAGUUCAUAUCAGAUAUGGCGAUGGAGAUGAAGGCCAUGGCCAUGGCUACUACGCCUACUACUUGUACGUAAUAAAACAAGUGGGUUUCAAUUCAAUGUAAGCCCUACUUUCAUCACAACUUAAAUAAAACUAAGCCGAUGUUAGAUUGCAAAUCUCACAUUCUUGGGGUGCCAAUUAUCAUUUCUCUAAAACUAAGUUGGUUUAAAUAAAGUGUAUUGUUAUUAAGUUAUUUUGGAAAAUGUAGAUGGAAUUAAAAUGAAUGAAAUAUUAAAUAUUUGUGUCAAAAUAA